UGUUAGUACUUAAAUUGAACACCUGUACACAAAGGCGUUGGUCACAGUUGCUUACCAAUGAAAUGUAAACGGAGGUUACCGUUCAGAAAAUUGAUAAACAAAACCUCAACGAAAAUGUGAUUUAUGUCAAACUGGUGUUUAAAAAUUUCAUUCGAGAUUGAUUGGUUGUGGUACAUACCCUUUAUGGGAGAUAGCCAGGAAGGAGAAGAAGAAGAGAUUGAUUGGCGUUUAGGAGAGUUUUAUUCUUGAAUUAAGAUCAUUCGUUGCUCCAGUGGUAUCGAAAGAAAAAUAGAAUGGAAGAUAAAGUGGAAUUGAGCUACUACGAUUGUUUGUUGAGAAAACAUGAUCUAGAUUUGUUGAGGGGAUCUCACUGGCUUAACGACGCUUUGAUAGGAUUUUAUUUCGAAUAUCUGCAGCACAAGCACGAUGAUUCACGAGAAGGAAAAAGAGAAAUUUUGUUCAUCAGCCCAGAGUUGACGCAGCUUCUUAAACUUACGGAACCUCAGGAUUAUGCACUUUUUCUUGAGCCUCUUAACGCCAAGGAAUGCAAUUAUGUUUUAUUCCCACUGAAUGAUUGUGAAAGCAGAGAUGCUGCUGGUGGUUCACACUGGAGUUUGCUUGUGUUCUCCAAAAAAGAAAAAACCUCGUUCCAUUUGGACUCUUGCAAAGGAGUCAAUAGAAAAAUUGCUCUCCAGUUUACCAACAGUAUAAUGGAUUAUUUUUUGGGUUCCAGCAAUACAAAUUUUGUCGAAAUGCCAAAUUGUCCUCAGCAAGACAACGGAUAUGAUUGUGGCCUUUUUGCUCUCUGCUUUGCCGCUAUUAUCCUCCAACAAGUGGACAAAGUUUCUGGAGUUGAGAAAUGCAAAUUCGAUGGUGUUCGAAGCCUUGUCAGAACCAAGAGAAAUGAACUGUUGGAUUUAAUCCAUGGACUCGGAGCAACGAAACAGACAUAGAACCAACAAAGCAUCGUCAAGAUGUAGAAAGAGUUUUUAUAUUUUUGUAUUUAACAAAUGGUAGUUUUUUAAUUUAAUUUUACUAUAUUCGAUAUUGAUAUUACUUGAAAACAUUAACUUGUGAGAAAUUAGAAUAAAAACCAUUGUUUUCUGUCUGA